GGGGGCUGUGAGAGUCAAAACAGGCAGCCAGAGGAAGUCUAAGGAGAGAGAGGCAGCCAGCAACGCAAAAGCUCACAGCCAAAAGAAGCAAACAUCUUCCAAUAAUCUAAGUUGUCGUCGGCUUUAAUCCAAGCCCUGAAGAUAGUUUUCGGUCCAUUUAACUCCACAGUCAAGAAGAAGGAACACAAAUCAAGAGAAGAACUCUUGGAACAUGCCGGAAGACAACAGCACCGGGCUGGAGUCAGUCUUAGCCUCGCUGUUCCAAAAGUAUGUCAGCAACAUGACGGCGGAUGUGAGCAGCCAACCCCGGCGUGAAGACGACACUAUGGGCGCUCUGUACAUCCUCCUGAUGAUGGGCUUCUUCAGUUUUUUCACGUUCGCCAUCAUGUUCAGCUACAUCCGUUCCAAGAAGCUGGAGCAUUCGAGAGACCCUUACAACAUGUACAUCGCCACCGACUGGCACGAGGGCAAAGGGCCCUGCUACAUCAUUCAGAACAGCAUGGUGGCAGAGAGGCAAGACCAGGUCAUCCCAGGCUGAGAAACUAAAACCGAGAGAGUGAAAAGGAGGCAAAAUCCAACCGUAGACGCUCACCCCUCCUCUUUGUCAGUGGUCUUCUCUUUCAUGAACCUCCAAGGUGUUUUUAAUGUGAAUGUUAUUUUUUAAAUAAUAAAUAAUAAACAUAA